AUGGAGCUAUCUUCCAGGCUUUUAUUUUCUCUCUUCUUCUUUAUCUUUGCCCUUAUGGCCUCAGCUCAAGAUUCACCACAAGACUAUGUGAAUGCCCACAACGCAGCAAGAUCACAAGUGGGUGUUCCAAACAUAGCUUGGGACAAUACAGUUGCUUCCUAUGCACAGAACUAUGCCAACCAACACAAGGCUGAUUGCCAGCUGCUUCAUUCCAAUGGCCAGUAUGGGGAGAACCUUGCAUGGAGCUCCGAUGACAUGAGCGGCGCGGAUGCCGUGAAGAUGUGGGUGGCCGAGAAGGCAGAUUAUCACUAUGACAGCAAUACAUGUGAUUCAGGUCAGAUGUGUGGACACUAUACUCAGGUGGUGUGGAAGAGCUCGAUUCGUGUUGGGUGUGCUAAAGUGAGGUGUGACAAUGGAGGCAUUUUUAUUACUUGCAACUAUGAUCCUCGUGGCAACAUCAUCGGACAAAAACCUUACUAG